AAGCCAAUAGGCAGAGUGAAUGCGAGUGAGGGAGGGAGGGAGGGAGGGAGUAGUGGUCACGCAAGCAAAGCUCUCGCCUUUCUUCGGUCUUUCUUUCUCCUACUUGAUUCUCGUUCUCUUCUUUCUUCCCCUCUGCUGGGAGUGACCCCCACACUGUAUUCUAUCAACCCAGCAGAAUAUUCCCCUUCCCUUCAUCUUCCUCGUCCCCCUCCCCCAACUUGAAAAAGGGUGUCUACCCCUGCUGAUCUUUUUUGCCCCUUUAAGCGAAACACCCACAAGACAAAAGAUCACGGGGAGAAUAACAAUGGAGAAAGAGAGUGGCGAAAUGAAGCAGUCGAGGUUCAGGAGAAUCUGUGUCUUCUGUGGAAGUAGCCAGGGCAAGAAGAGCAGCUACCAGGACGCCGCUAUCGAGCUCGGCCGCGAACUGGUUUCGAGGAACAUUGAUUUGGUCUACGGAGGCGGGAGCAUAGGACUGAUGGGGCUGGUAUCUCAAGCUGUUCAUGAUGGCGGUAGGCAUGUCCUUGGAGUGAUUCCCAAGACCCUCCUGCCUCGAGAGUUAACUGGUGAAACGGUAGGGGAGGUGAAGGCAGUGGCAGAUAUGCAUCAAAGGAAGGCAGAGAUGGCUAAGCAUUCAGAUGCUUUUAUCGCCUUACCAGGCGGUUACGGGACUCUAGAAGAGCUGCUCGAAGUCAUAACAUGGGCCCAGCUCGGGAUCCAUGAUAAGCCGGUGGGGUUGCUAAAUGUGGACGGGUACUACAACUCUUUGCUGUCAUUCAUUGACAAAGCUGUUGAGGAGGGCUUCAUUAGCCCCAGUGCUCGCCAAAUCAUUAUCUCUGCUCCAACUGCAAAAGAGUUGGUCAAAAAAUUAGAGGAGUAUGUUCCUUGGCAAGAGAGAGUCGCUCCGAAACUAAACUGGGACGUAGAGCAACUUGAGUACCCCGAAGAUUAUAACAUAUCUAGAUAGACAAGGACUCACUGAUGAUGAAUUUAUGAUGAAGAUGAGAAGAGGAAAUGACAUUUUGUGGAAGUAGAAAAAAAGGACUAAUUUGGAACAUUCCCAAAAAUCUGGGGGUUGGGGAUGGGGAGAUUAAUAUUCUUUUUUGUUUCCUUUUUUUUGUUUUGCUCUGUAAAUGUCUGGUUUUGACUACGAUAUAUAUGUGAAGAAGACUCUGAACUCCCCCUUGUGAUGGAAA